GUACUUCCGCUCGGGGCGGCGGCGGUGGCGGAAGUGGGAGCGGAGCCGGAGUCUUGGCCAUAAAGCCCGAGGCGGCGGCGGCGGCGGCGUUGGAAGCUAGGACAGGCCGAGGAGCCCGCCGGAAUCGGAGCUUGGAGUUUCUUUCGCUCCCGUCGUCCUCUCGUCUUCUCCUCGGCGGAGCCCUCGCGACGCGCCCGGCCCGGAGCCCAGCGGAGCGGCCGCGGUUUCCUCCCGUCUUCCGUCUCAGACUGGAUCUGACACCACCAGCUCGCCUGGUUCUCAGGCCUUCAAACUGCAGAUCGUGGGACAUCUCGGCCUCCAUAACCAUCUUGAAGGAUGACCUCGAGGAAGAAAGUGCUGCUGAAGGUCAUCAUCCUGGGGGACUCUGGAGUCGGUAAGACAUCACUCAUGAACCAGUAUGUGAACAAGAAAUUCAGUAAUCAGUACAAAGCCACAAUAGGAGCAGACUUUCUGACAAAGGAGGUGAUGGUGGAUGACAGACUAGUUACAAUGCAGAUCUGGGACACGGCCGGGCAGGAGAGGUUCCAGUCUCUGGGUGUGGCCUUCUACAGAGGCGCGGACUGCUGCGUCCUGGUGUUCGACGUGACUGCCCCCAACACGUUCAAGACCCUCGACAGCUGGAGGGACGAGUUCCUCAUCCAGGCCAGCCCCCGGGACCCUGAGAGCUUCCCCUUCGUCGUGCUGGGGAACAAGGUUGACCUCGAGAACAGACAAGUGGCCACAAAGCGGGCACAGGCCUGGUGCUACAGCAAAAACAACAUUCCCUACUUCGAGACCAGCGCCAAGGAGGCCAUCAACGUGGAGCAGGCCUUCCAGACGAUUGCCCGGAACGCGCUGAAGCAGGAAACGGAGGUGGAGCUGUACAAUGAAUUCCCUGAGCCCAUCAAACUGGACAAGAACGACCGGGCCAAGGCCUCGGCGGAAAGCUGCAGCUGCUGAAGUGGCAGAGAGCAGAGCACAGAGUCCUUCGCGAUCCAAGAACACACGUAGGCCUUCCACCAUGAGCCCCUCUCCUCUCCACACCAACAGUCAUCUCUCACAUCCAGCUGCCAAAAGAACCCCCAAACACAGUCUCCCCUGCACACACACACACACCCCUGACACAGACUCACUCCACAGCCCAGGCCUGUGACGGCUCCAUCGGGGUCCCUGCGUCAGCCCUCAGAUGGCAGCAGGACGGGCCGGCUGCAGAGAUCGUUCCGGUUUGGAGUCGGCCUCGGAGGCUGCUUCUUUUUGUCCACUGGAGAGAGAGAACUGUUUACAGUCAACCCGUGUCUAAUUAGUUCUGGUUUUUUUAACUGUCUUGUGGUCUUUUUUACCCCCCCACCCCCGUGAAGGCUACCACUUGGGAAGGCGGGUGCCCUGCGCUUCAUUACAGGCUCACACCCAGUCUGAUAAGGCUGAGUUUUGUAUGUAUCUGUUAAUGCUUGUUACUUUUAACUAAUCAGACCUUUUUACAGUAUCCAUUUAUUAUGUAAUGCUUCUUAGAAAAGAAUCUUAUAGUACAUGUUAAUAUAUGCAACCAAUUAAAAGUGUAUAAAUUAGUGUAAGAAAUUCUUGGAUUACGUGUUUAAGUCCUGUGAUGCAGGCGUAGAGAUGGAGGGUUGAAGCCUGUCUGGAUCGCGGAGUGUUCAGCCACUCAGAUUGCAGAAAUCCAGCUGGAGGCAGUAUUCUGUACAGUAGACACGAGACUCAUGUACGCCUUUUAAUCAAAGACUUAGGAGCCAAAAAGCUUUUCAUCUCUCCAGGGGGAAAACUGUCUAGUUCCCUUCUGUAUCUAAAUUUUUCCAAGAGGUUGAUUUGCAUAAUACCAUGGUGUGUGCAGUGGAGAAACGGCUGUUUCAGAAAUAUAAAACUCUGAUUUUUCUUUUUUUUCUCUGCUCCACACUUGGAAACUCCCCUAUUAGAUCAGCAUCCACGUACAAGAGGGAAAGGAAAAGGAAAAUCCUACCAGACCUGUCCUAGUGACUUUACCUUUGUUCUGGAAGGCACUCCUUUCGGGGCUGUGGCAUCCUUAGGUGAGCAGACCGCCUCUUCUUCUUCCCAGUACAACCCGCCACGCCUUCCCUGUGUCCUGGGUGAGGAGCCAGGCGGCUGUGCCCCAGGACCCGCCCGCAUUGUAGCUUGCUUCUCAGAGCACCUCCCUCUCUCCAGAGGCCUGCAUUCUAGGGUGUGGGCCGAGUUCUUCUGUAAAGAGAUGAACGUGAUGCCAAUAAAAUGUAACAAGAACAAA